AUGGAGAGUGAAUUUGUGCCAGUAUCGAGGGAGUUCAAAAGUCAUGUUACUGGAAGGGAUGGAGCCGUUUUAAAUACAAUAAGACAGACGUCUGGGGCGACAAUCACCUCAACAGAGGGAGACGAGGAAGGAUUUAUUAUAUUUGGGGAUUCAGAGCAGAGAGAAAUAGCAAGGAAACUUAUUUUGGAAAAGGUGGUAAGUUUUUUUAAAAAUGCAGAUCUAAAAACUGUCCACUCUCGGAUAAGACUAGCUCUGAUCACAUAGAUAGAUGGUUAUGACGAACCAUAUGCAUGUUUAAUUAAAACAAAUUAAUUUUUUUAAUUAAAAAAAAAUCCGUUUCAUCUAAUUGGAGCGGGGAUCAGUAAGGAUGUUAUAAGCUUUCCCUCUACAUAUUACAAUUCAGUUUUAUUUUCUUGAAAGUUUAAAACUUCUAUAUCAAUUUCUUCACAGGAGGAGAUAGAGAUUAAUACUUUUGAGGAGAUGGAAAUUCCAUCCAGAUAUAAAGGUUUAAUAAUUGGUAGGCACGGAGCUAAUCUUCAUGAGUUAAGCAACGAAACAGGAGCAGAAGUAACGCGGAAAGGAGGGGAGGUGCAUAUUACGAAAGGAACAAAGAAGCAAAGGAAACAUGUUAAACAGCUCAUUGGAAUAAAAAUUGUAAGCAGUUUUUAAUAUCAAUUUUUUAAUAUCGCAAUGAGUACGUUUUUGUCGCAUCAUGAGCAUUGUGUUUACCCAUAAAAGCGUUUGCUUCCAUCACAAGAUAUCAUCAAGUUUCAAUUUUCGCGCGGCACUUACUGCCAAUGUUGUGAUGUUCGUUUUUCUGGCUAGGUAACAUCAUCCUUACUCACGAAUGCUGUGGACAGUAAUAAAAAGGGGAGAUUUUGAGGCAGCCAUCUACAGUUGUUUUUUCUUAAUCACAAAGAAUGAUCUAUAAAAUUACUAAAGAAGACUUCAAUUUCAGGCUAGAGCAAGACUGAGAGGGGUAAGAAACGAAUUUAAUAAAGUCUGUGGCUUCAUUGAUGGCUGGAAUCUCUCUGAAAACUGUAAACUGAAGUUGGUUUUGGUCCCUGAAAAAGAAGAGCAAUAUCGACUGAGACCUUCAAGUGAAGUAGGCCAACAGGUGUGUUGUCCUUAAUAUACUAAUCGUUGGCAAAAAUAACGACAACUUUGUGUAGGGCUAUAUACUUUGGUUGGCCAUAAACGAGGACCUUAAAAUGGGCUUGAUUUAAUACCUUUUUAUAACAAGAUAAUGUAAACUUAUCAUGGCAGUGUGUUAGAGAGUUGAACUUGUGAUCUGAUGGUCGCGGGCUUAAGUUCUCUACCCUUCUUCUUAAUGAAUUCAUUUUUGCGGCGUUUACACAGCCUGCCCGUUGGUCUGCUAUCAAUUAAAUGUAUGUAGACUAGGUGUUUUUCAUUCUUCAAGGGUCACAACGAAAAAUACUGAGUCACUAGUAUCUGUGCCACACUUAUCAUAAAGAUUUGUUACCGACAAAAGAUAUCUGGUGGAAUCUCCUUUUUAGGACCUUCCUUCUCCAUGGUGCCAACCAAAUGAAAUGUAGGUUUUGGAAAGAGAUUUCACAGUCGCCGUUAAUAUGUAAAUUUGAUUGUACGGAAAAAAUCUGGUCUAGAGACCCAAACCCUCAAAAUUCAUCGUUAUCCACCAUCAAACCGGCUCACGAAGAAGGCCUCCUUAAAAUAAUUUUCUCUCGAAAUAAUUCAAAAGAUCAAUGCAUUUUCUUUUCCAUUUUUUUUUUCGCUUUUUGAGAAUUGGCUCGAUUUAUAUACGUUCAAUGUUUUUGUCGAUAAGUCUCCGAUCAGCGCGAAAAAGGAAACCUAUAUACAGUCCAAAAAUAAUCCCCUGGUCUCGUCAGCGGUUUCCGUUUCUUAAUAUCAAGUGUUGCCUGAAAUCGUGAGGUGCUUCUCUUUUAAAGACGUCUUAUAUGUGGUGCUGAUGAUCAGCCUAAAAUUGGGGGAAAACGAAGCUCAUGAAGCUACAAAUCCUCAUUCAAAAACCUUUUUGACGUUAGUUAGAGUAUCAUCUAGUUUUUGGAAACAUGUCUUGUCCUGGUUGCGCGAUUAUAACAUCUCUGUUGAUAGCCUUGAAGAGGAAGAUGUCAUUUUUGUUAAGUUCGAUAUUGCAGAAUAUUUUCUCCUGUUUAACCAUAUUCUGCUUCUGGGUAAGUUUUAUAUUUACUCACGGAAAUACUGGAAUGGUAUACCUUCUCUUCAAGGUUUUAUAGCCAGGACAAGGCGUAUUUACAAUAUCGAACUCCAUAUUGCCGGGAAAGAGACAAAUUAGACAAUCAUUUUAGAAAGUGGGAAAAGUUAAUAAGCAUUUUUACGAAUAAGUAAAGUCAUGAUUAAUUUCCAUGAUUAGUUUUAAAGUGAUGCCAUGGUAACUUACAUACUAGGUAACUGUAUUGCUAUAAUAGCUUUGUGUGUGUGUUUAACUUGAUAUUCUUCUAUUUGUACUAUACAAGUGAGUGCAUGUGUGUGUCUUUUUCUCUCUCUCUUUUUUCUUUCUUAAUUUCUAUUUUGUAUGUGAAUGUGAGAAAUGCUUUAUUAAAACAAAAAAAUAAAUUAAAAAAAAAAUCUUGGGCUCUUUUGUUAUCAGAAAUCUGUGAGCGACUCGCGUUAUCUGUCCAAACUUCAAGACGCUGUGUUGGAAUCACUCCGUAAAAUGAAACGCCAUGGAGAAGCAAAGAAUCCUUUAGAGGCUGAUAUCUGGUGUCAUUUUGGAUCGGCUGUGAUCCGCGGACCUAAUGAAGGUAAGUGACCGGCAUAUAUAUUUGCAUGUAUAUUUGCCUGUAUACCCAUAGAAAACUGAAACAUCUUCCCUUCCUGUGAACAAGCACCACACGGGGCAAAUUCUCGGAUUUGAAUUUGCUAAAGGCCUUUGGUUUGGAGGAAACAAUGAGAAUACUUUGAACGCAAAAAACAACGAAAAAGAUUUAAUUUUUCUAGCAUUAUAAAUAUUUUCUAUUCAGAGUUAAGUUUAACUAACAGCUGCUCGCUCCGUUUGAAGCCUUUACUUACCCGGCGCUUCGCGGUUAAAGUGAAAGAACUUUAGAAAUUAUCAACUAGAAUUCCCCAUAAGAAAAAGUUGGCAUUUUUUUUACUAGGAAAUUGUUGCUAAAAAAUAACGAAAAUCUACUGAAAAUCUUAUUUACACGAGAAGAAAAACCACUUACAAAGUAAAUGAACAUUCAAGAUUUCUGAGAAAUCAGUUUUCCUGUCUACGAUUUCAGCUUUCACUUGAUAGUUUUUGCCAAGUUUAAGCGUUUUAAGCACUUGUUUUACAUUUUAACGAGGACUCCAUAAAAGCACUUUAUUCAAACUGAGGCAAUAGAAAUAAAAUUGGUUCAAGGAAAACAGUGUGCCGCGAGUAGGCAAGCUAGCUGGACAGUAUUAGAAUCAGUACACACGGCUCUAUGUUGUUGUUUUCGAUUUUGCCGCUUUUGUCGUGGUGCAGGCUAAUAAUGUUAUUAACCGAAAUAAUCGAAAUAAAUUUUACCCGUUGAAACUGUACACCCGACCUUCAUUUCGAUGAAAAACUUUCAGAACUUUUCAAAGCUGCUUCCUAGGCUUGCAAACUUUUUAAAAACUUUCCGUACAGAUUAUCAGAUUGCAAUCGUAGUGGUAGGCCAAUUCUGGCCACAAAAAUAGCGUUUUCUCCAUCCAAGUUGAAGUAUUCUUCAGUAGCACCAUGUAGUUUGUGCCUUCAUCUCACAUAUCGCUUUUUCUCGAUGGUUUUCUUUACAAUUUCUGCCUAGUUUCUCCGUGUCAUUGCUUUCAUUCAGCCUUAAAUUAAUUACAGCUUCGCCUUUGUGGCCGAUAUUUCAUUCAGUUUCCGGUGCUUUAAUUGGUUUAUCGCACGUUCUGACGGUUUUCAUGAGAAUUAGCGACUAGAUCACAAAAUGAUAUUAAAUUUAUCAUUUUAUAAUAUAAACUACAGUAUUCUACAAGGAUUUUCCAGCCCUUAGGAAAGCUGUGACAACACACGUGGAAAAAAAAAUAAAACGAUAUUUUUUUUACGCACGUUUGAUAUCGCCAAUCAGCUGCUGACACGUCUCUCGCCUUUCGGAAUUUUUCGGACUAUGGAUGCUAAAACACUGAAAAAUCCAUAUCGCUUACAAACAGUGACUUGCUUUAGUGAUGGCAUAUCUCGUGGCUGAGAACGAAAGUCAAUAACUAAAAGAUUUGCCACAGGCCGAUUUUGACCUUGUACCUGAGAGAAUUCUUCUGUCGGUAAGGACCAAUUUAAUAACUGAGAAUUUUGAAAACUAGGUCCGUUGUUUUUUUUUGUAGUGAUUCAAUGCAUGUUUUCAUCCUGAGUGCGCCAACGCACUUUACGAUUUUUAUUCGAAGUGUCGAUCCUUUUAUUUCCAUUCAUUGAUUAAGUGGACUUCUCUUGUCAGUAAAGGGCUAUUGCGUUUAUGUGAUAAACAAAGUAAAACAUGAUUGCUUGUAGAAAUGAAAUUUCUCUUUCGUGUUCAACUUGACAUCUCACUAGGUAGUUUAGUGUUAACAACUGGGUUGAAAACGUAAAUUAGCCACCGUAAAGGGUAAAAAAGCUGACGUUUCGAGCGUUAGCCCUUCGUCAGAGCGAUGUGAUAAACAAAGUAAAACAUGAUUGCUUGUAGAAAUGAAAUUUCUCUUUCGUGUUCAACUUGACAUCUCACUAGGUAAUUUAGUGUUAACAACUGGGUUGAAAACGUAAAUUAGCCACCGUAAAGGGUAAAAAAGCUGACGUUUCGAGCGUUAGCCCUUCGUCCAUCGCUCUGACGAAGGGCUAACGCUCGAAACGUCAGCUUUUUUACCCUUUACGGUGGCUAAUUUACGUUUUACCCCUUUACCCUUUCGAUAACUUUACACUUUCAUUUCACUUUUGUUUAUGUUUUGCUCUUUUUUCCAUUGGUAUAUGAAGGUCACAUUGUAUUUCGUUUGGCAAUUGCAUAAUUCAGGGCGAUUUUGAGUAGAAAUUACAAGUAUGAUUUCAGACCAUAACUGCUCGACACAGAGUUUAAUUACCACUUUAUUACAUCUUCUUUAAAAUCGUCAAAAUUUGUUGCUAAAGUGCACGUUGUUUUAGUCUUAACAAAUCUUUAAUUGAUCUAGUUUUGAGCUGGUUUUUAAAAAGUUAAAAAGUUGUCUUUCACUUUCCUGCAGUUUGAUUGGUUUGUUGUGUUUUAGUUAAGUUAUAUCAUUGGCAGGGAAAAAGAUGCGAUUAAGAGCACGAAAUCGUGCGAUUCGUAAAUAAAUCGCACUGAUGAGAGCCAACCAGAUUUGCAAGGAUCACCAGUGAUUUCACUUGAAAUGGAUGUAAUGAAGUGUGAUAUUACCAUUAAGCGCUCAGCGCUAUAUGAGUAUUCAUUAUCAUCAUUCUUAACUUAUUAAAUGCAAUAUCUUCCCUUCCUCUUACACACUCAAGCAUUCAAAUCAAAGAUGUUCAAAUUUGUGAUUAUCAACAAUACAAACUAAGCUCAAAUAAAGUCUGUUUCCCAUCAGGAGAGUGGAGUAUAGAUGAUGCAACAACAAGGUUUGAAUAUUCUGCCGAUGGAAAUUAUUGGAAGGUUGCAUUUCAAGAAGGCGUGGAUUUCAUAGCAGAUUUAUUUCAGAAUUAUUUCUAUGAAAAUACGCCGAAAGAAUAUCGUAAUUACGCCGCAAGAUUUGACUUAGCAUUCGUUACUCCAUGCAGUCAUCAAUUGAGAUGCAAGGUAAGUCAGUUCAAGGGUCUGAUUACAUGGGCGGCGACUCGCCCAAUUUUUAACAACAGGCUUGGUUAAAUUUUCCACAAAGUCGGUGGCUUUUAUGAUACUAAAAGCAAUUCAUUACAGGACGAAAACUUUAAAAAUAAUGGCUGGUAAAUAAAGAAAUAAAAUUCGAAUGAACUAAGGUGUUCUUAUCGUUGUACAUUGUGGGCAGUUUCGAAGUUGUUUCUUUGCACAUCAAGAAAGCUGAACCAAACCGUAAGGGCCGGUUUCUUACAUAGGCCUAACCCAAACCGCAAUUUUACAGAGACAGUGGGCCUCAGGGAUUCUCCUCUGGAGGGAACGUUGAUUCCAUUGAAUAAUUGUCCUUUAACUAUUAGCUAUCGGCUCUCUUUACACUGUUCACAAAAGUAAAUGUUCAGAUAAAAGGAUCUUCUACAUUAAAGAUGGCUUGGAGUGCCGUUUUGUUAAACAACAGCUAAACCUUGUUAGCAUAACUGGCCUUAACAGUUUUGAAUAAGCACCGACUACACCAAGUUGCCUUGUGUCAAAACGAUAAAACUUUGGUUUAAGUAAGCUUAAUGCUAUUAUCAUAUAGCCAUUAAUGUUAAAUAUCUACUUAUCAAGCCACGGCAAAAACAAAACAGAGCAUUUCGAAUGGGAAAGCUGAAAGAAUUCAUUAUUAGUUGCAAUAAUUUUUUCUCAAAAGCUUAACAUGCAUUCUUUUCAGGUCUGGGUAGUGAAAAAGGAUGUUGAGGAGAAGUUUGAAAGAAUCCCAACCCCAGCCACUGACGUCAGAAAUAUCAUGGAGGAGAUUCACUUCACCGAUGAAUCCACUCGGUCACGAUGUGGAGGUUGGGUGGUUCUCCCAUCACGGAGAUAUUUACAAGCCGAUAUUUUGUUUCCCGGGUGCGAGUUUGAUUGCAGACUCAUAAUCAAUGAACAUGCAGGUAUUUUCGCUGUAAUUAGAAUAAAAAAAAAAUUUAAGUUUAUAGAUUACCUUCUACUUCAUCCCAAAUAUCUUGCAGUCUUGGAAUCCACACUGAAUCGAGAAAAAAUAAAGACUCCAAUUAAUCCAAGCUUUCCACAUUUUAAUUUAUUUUAUUGAACGUAAAUUUUCUUCAAUGACGUAUUUUAAAAAACGAAUAUGCAGUUUUUCUUUCAUCUCACCCGAUAUAUUGCGAGAUACAUUUUUGUAGUUUGCUUCUAUCACCACAAAAUUUAAUAUAUUACUACACUCUUUCCUCCCAAAUCAUUUUUUUGCCCUUAUUUAAGUACAACAGUCAGGGUUUACGGAAUCGGAAUAAUCGUGGAAUCAUCAAUUCUGCGAUUUUGUUCGAAAAGGUCCCAAAAGAAGGCCUGCCAGAGGGAUAUAUAGUGGAGUGCAAUUUGGGCUGAAUCAUUCGCGUGAUUUUAGAAUUGAACGAGCGCGCAGCGCCAGUUUGAUUUGAAAUCACAAAUAUGAUUUCAGACCAAAAUUGCACGACACGAGGUUCAAUUACCACUUUAUUACAUCCAUUUUGAAAUCGUGCAAAUACAGGAUUUGGUCAGUUCAAAUAUUUAAUUGACGCAGUACUGAGCCGGUUUGAAAUUAAAUUCAUCCAUUUUUUGAGGGGAAAAGAUAAGAGUUUUUAAAACAAAAGUUGCCACGUGAAUAUGAAAGCGAUCUUCGCAGUAAUGAACACUACUUGAGCAGUAGAAGCCUUGAAAUCUGGUUGGUUGUUUUGUUUUUAGUGUAGCUUCCUCAAAGCAAAAAAUGGUGCGAUUCGUAAAUAAAUCGCACCAAUUAGAGCCAAUCAGAUUACAGGGACCACCAGUGAUUUCAAAAUGGUGAUUUUCAAAAUGGGUGUAAUAAAAAUGAUUAAUUAGCCUCUUGUAAAUUUCUUUCUCUGUAUAUAUUUGAUUAGGAAGGGCCAACAAGGUAGAUUAUGCGCCCGAAGAAGAAGUAAUACGUAUGUUAGCAAGAUAUCUCUCUGGGCUGACUUUUACCGAUGAUGACACGUUUGGCCUACGACUCCCUGAGAAGGAGAUGCCUAGGGGAUUUCAUUUGACUCACAUGCGGCUUGCCAAACGAAAUGUGUACACGUCUAAACCCGGUUUCAGUGUCAUCCUGUCUAGAGAAAAAUCUUGGAGCGCUGAUGUGAAAGAUGGAACAUUCAGAGAAUCGGUAUCGACUCUGCUUCAUUUUUCCCCGUAAUUAAUGACUUCCAUAAUUUUUGCCAUACUCUCUUGAUUCACUCCUGAAAUAUUUUGACAACUUUGAAACAGCGCUGAAAUGAAUUGUUUAACAAUAGCGGAUAUCCAUCAGAAUCAAAUUGUGUAGAAACGUCGAAGUGGCGAGACUACGUUCUUUUACUUUUAACUAUGGGCAAUUUCACAUCUGAACUUUUUAUGCGCAGUAGAUUUUACUCUUACACCAUGUAAUGCUUUCAUGCUGUAUUAAUGAAUUCUGUUUACUUGUUUCGUCGGGUUAAUAACUCUCUCCCUUUUUUGCGAAACUUCAGCACCCUUUUAAAAUAAAUUUCUCAGUCACGUAUAAUGUAACUUUUCCUUAGUUCAGUUCCUGUGAAAGUAUUCGGGUUGAUUCUAAGUUCAUUUAUUAUCAUCAUCGUAUACUUCUUUCAUUAAGGUAACUUACUAUUCACAGAAAAUACCAAAAAAACGGCGUUUCUCCUGCUCUCUACCCAUGCCAAUCUCUGCCCUCAUACCCUAUUAUAGGCAUGGCUUGGUUACCACAACCCCAACUCAAAUCAAGGUUAUAUUAUGAUUUCUUUCCACUUCUUUUUUUGGUAGACUGAUGUACACCUACAUUGCGAAGAGUGGGACAGGCUUCUCAGUGGUGGGCAGUGGCAACCAGAGAAUUUAGUGAGAAAGCUACCAGAGUUUCUCGAGUUUGUCAAGGAAGUUCAAUGCUUUGUUGUUGCUGCCUUAAAGAGCAAUGGAGUAGAAAGAAAAGGUAAAAUUGAUGAAAAGCCACGGACAUCAAGGCAUGGGCGAUGGGAUUGAUGUAAAUUUUCAGUAUGUCUAAAUGAGGUGGAACUGAAAGUGACACAUAGACGUGCUUCGUUAUAAAGAGGAAUCUAAUGGCUAAUGGAACGAGGAAUAGAAGAAUUACAUUUAAACAAUGGGGGCUUUUUCCCAAGGCAUUGCUUGCCUGAGAAUCUCGGGGGACGCAAAGGGAGCAUUGCCAUGGCAUGCAGUUGUGAUCAUAUUGUGAAAAAUUAUUUGAAUAAUGUUGAGGAGUGCAUCGAUGCUCACACUGAGGCAAUAUUUCAAAAAUCAAGUAUACCUAACGUUAGAUAUCUAUAAUCUGUAAUAGACAGUGUACACCUCAAUGUACAAAUAGGACAAAUCCAAGAAAGGUUUCUGUUUUCCAAAGGUACCAAAUGUGUAUGUAUUCUUAGCUCUAAAACGCCUGAACUGAAACUAUUCCUUUUGACAUAAAUCCAUCUUGUUGUUGUUUUUGUUGUUUUUUUUUUAACUUCUUUCACUGCUUUUGAACCCAGUUAUCUGAUACACAUAAGUAUAUUAAAAACGGUUUUGAUUAAGUCUGUUUUUUUUUGUACCUUGCCAGUUAUUUUGUCGUAAAUAAGUAUGAGCUAGUAUGAGUUAGAAGGAGCCUAUUAUUUCAACCCGUUGUGGUUUCUCGUGGGCUUCUUUGCACUUUUAUUAUAUCGCUCCUAACAUCUCAAUUUCAUUAAUGGUUAUAAAAGUACAGCUUGGAAAUAGAUUGUUUUAAUAAGUUGGCAGGUUCACAUUGCAUAACUAAACUACGAGUAUCAUUUCCGUUUGUUGCAGUUCCUCCAGCGAUUCGUGCUCGAGGUCCUCUAGCUUUGGCAACCUACUUAAAUGCUCUAGCCGAUGGUCAAGCUUGCGUCAAGAGAGUGCCUCUGAUGAUAGUUGGACAAGAUCGGUCUGGUAAAACCAGCGUGAAGAAGUCCUUGAAGGGGAUUUGCUUCAACCCUGAUGAAGAUAGCACAUUGGGAAUUGAGAUCGAUCGUUAUCAUUUUAAAGUAACCACUGAAGUAUGGAAGACAGGAGAAAAAGACGAGGACACCAACACUGAUACUACAGUUAUUUCAUUUGAGCAUAAUGCAGCACGGUGGGUUGCAGACAAAUUGACGACGCAUGAAAAAAUUGCUGAAGUCAAAAAAACAAGUUCAGCCGAGUCAGCUGGCUAUGAUUUUGAAGUAUUUGACGCCCCAGAGAAAAGUGAACCCAAUGAGAUUCCAAGUUAUGCAGACCUUCUAGGAUCAUCUAGAAAACCAGCAAAAACCAAUACCACCAACGAUGAACCGCAUUUACCAACGACGGAAGUACGAAGUCCUACAGAAUUAGAACCAGAUGAAGAUUUGCUUACCACCACGCUGGAAAAAUUGCCAGAUUUCGACGAUGUUGCGAAGUUACUUCCCCAGCUCUUUCGAGACAACUGGGAAGAUGAUAAAGAAGACAUCUAUUCAAUGAUAUGGGACUUCGCUGGACAGUCAGUGUAUUACGUGACGCACCCCCUCUUUCUCACAAGAAGAGCAAUCUACUUUUUGGUCUAUGACUUGAGAAGAAAUCCAAGAGACAAAGCCACAUCAUUAGUGAAGCAGGGAGUUUAUAGAAAAAUUGAAGAUAAAUGUAAUCUGAAAACGAACUUAGAUUACUUAGACUUUUGGAUGAGUUCUUUGGCUGCCUUAGGGAGUGAUUGCCAACAAGUGAACCGCGAAAAUUUAGUGUCAUUGAAGAAAUUUCCUGCCGUUUUCCUGGUGUGCACACAUGCUGAUCAGCCCUAUUGCAAUCGUAAUCCAUUUGAACUAGCCAAUGAAAUAUUUGGCGACUUAAGGAACAAGCCAUAUGGUGCCCACUUGUUUGACGUGUUUUGUGUCGAUAACACAAAGUCAGGCACUGAAUCCGAAUGUAAAGAAAUCAUGCGCUUAAGAAAGGACGUACAUGACGUUUCUAAAGAGUUACCACACGUAACCGAGGCUAUUCCGAUCAAGUGGUUGAAAUACGAAAAGGCAUUUCGCGUCCUUAAGGAAAAGGAUCACAAGUUCAUCUCCCUCUCGACAGCGAAAAAAAUCGCUUCGAAGAUUUGUAACAUUAACGACAACGAAGUGCAGACAGUGCUUACCUUUUUGCACGAUCUGCGAGUGUUGAUUCACUUUGACGACUCUCCAGAAUUGAGUGAGUUAGUUACUUUGGAUAUUCAGUGGUUGAUUGACGUGUUCAAGAAUGUAAUAACUGUCAGGGCCUAUCACGAAGAGAGAGACUUUGCUCCUCUUUGGGAAAAACUGGAGAAAACAGGAAUCUUGGAAGAAAACCUCCUCAAACAUGUUUGGAACUCUUUGGUUCCUCAGAAAAAAACCCACGGAAGUCUUAUUGCGAUUAUGGAAAAAUUCAGCUUGAUGUGUCCUUGGCCAUCAUCAGAUGACUUGUGCAACAAACAUUACUUGGUGCCAUCUAUGUUGCGAACACUUCCACCAAAGCAGAUAAGUGAUCUAGUAAACUCUGCCCAACUCCCCUCUCUUUUUCUCAAAUUUGAUACAGGUCGGGCCCCGCCUGGCCUAUUUCCCCGAUUUGUGCUGGAAUUUUUUCAGUGGUGUAGAAAGGAAUUUCCCGGCGUAGAUCUGCCCAAAACUUAUAUCAAUUUUGCCAGAUUCAACAUCUUUCCGAAUCAAAGCCUCUCCCUGGUUCUCCUUUGCCACUCUUCCACAAUUGAGGUCGUUGUCCUCAGUGUAAAAAGUGCUAUUGAUGUGGUCGAUGUGGACUCAAUUCGAGCUUUUCGUAACCAGCUAACCUUGAUCAUUGAUCGGGUGUGGAAAAAAUUCUUUUGGGUGAAGAACAUCAGAUGCGAAGUGAGUUACCUUUGUCCUGUUUGUUCCUAUGGACGCGUGGCAAGCUUCUGCCCACAACACCACGAGGAAAGUUGUAAGCAAGAGGAAUGCCUUCAUUUCAUUCCAGAGUCAGAUUUAAGCAAUGAAAAGCAGGUCGUGUGUACCAACUCUGUAACUGCUUUGGAUAACAGGAUUCAUGCCGAACAGUUUGCUCCUUGGAUUUCUUCUAGUAAGGAAAAGGUAAGAAAAAUGUUUUUUUCCUGGCAUGAUUUAGUAACACACUCGAUUAGCUGGUACGUUUGGGCAGCAAGAUUGUUACAAUCAUUCGUUGUCAAAUUCUCGGCAAUUCUAAAUACGAGCAAAGAGAGAACUGAUCGUGUAUGGUAAUGCAUCUAUAAUAUUUUACAAAAACAGAGAGAAUUGUUGAAUUGUUGGUGAUUAUAACGUUCUUUCUUUCUAAAAUAUUUAUUUCAGUAUAACUUAGAUUGCCUUGCCAAAACCAUCAAAAGAUACCAAAAUAUCCCCCUUAGCAUUGCCAUGAUCGAUAAUUUUUAUAAUAUGUUAAACGGCGAAUAGCAAAUAUUUGCUGCUUUUACGUGUGAACGCAAUGUGAUCUCGACUUUUAUAAAAAUUUUUAAAUAAUUGAAAGUGUUUCUCGAAGCCCUUUUUGCCUUUAUGCCGAGGAGAUUUGCCUGAGUCUUUUUUGAAUGUCAUUUGAUGUCAGGUCACAUUAAGACUGGCCUUUUUACGGAGUAUCACGCUCCCCUCUAGAUACACGACUGACUGAUUGGGCAAUUAUUCGUUUUCAUUCGUUCGCACUGAUUUCGCCGAAAUGAGUGGGAACGAGUGAAAACGGUUCAAUUCACCCAUAAGAGCCCAUAUUGGCGACUUUUUUUAUUAUUUUCAUCAACAGCAUAUAGCGACUCAUCAACGUGAAGGGGGGCCUCAAUUUGGGAAAGGUUAGCCACCACUUUUAUCUCUCGAUUACACACUUCGUGUCAGUCGAUUUGUUUCAACGAUGAAAGACGUUUCUUUCCACAGUUAUUCUGUAGUUUCGUAUUUUAAGCUUACCAUAAACGAUUCCUAUCGUCCAAUCAAAUUUUUUUCUUUGAAAUAGGUAUCUCAGAUGGAUAUCAGAGGAAAUCACCCGUGUUGCCAAGCGAAGCUGUGGCAACACUUCAGCUACAACGACUAAGUGUAGACGUUGAAAGUGACAUGUUGCUAGUUCCUUUUGCACAAGGUCAGUUUCUUCCUUUUUGCUUGUUUUACAUUUGCUCAUUUUAUAUUAUUGUUAAUUUUUCGCAUUUUAUAAUUUCUGUUUACUUACAAGGGGCUUGAAUGCAUCCUUUUCUAACCUAGCAGGGAACCCAGGAUAUUGUCAAGUCCAGCCUCUCGUUGCUGAACAGUUCGAAGGAGAAUUUAACCAACUUCAGGAUGCCGUUAAUGAGAGCAAAGGGACACUUGUUCCUGUUUCAGAGGGUCAUUAUGAUAUGGUUGUUUUUUCUUAAGUUUUAUAUCAAGAAUAUGCUCUUUCUUGCCUGUCGUUAUUGCCUAUCGUUAAGGGUGUUCUUACUAUACUUUUGCCAUCGAAACAAUUAUAAAAACGUUUUUCCGUGCAGAAUAAUGAAUAAUAAGUACAUUUGCGCAUUUUAGAGUAUGGAGAAAAAUCUCUUGCGCUACCUCACGAUGUUUCCCAGUCUCUCAAGUCCGAAUCAGUCUCUGCAAAAGAUAUUGUCUGUAAACUGCUGAAUCUUUCAUCGCUGAAAGCUCCAGCUCCUGACGAUAGAAAAUGGAUCCGUUGUCAUACGAGGGAUGCUAAGGAUUAUGAUAGAACUGAUGGGGUUAAUUUCUCGAGAGAAUAUGCGCCAGCGUGAACAACAGAUAAAAAUUAAACGUCCAUUCCACCUCAGUGGUUCAUAAUUGCCAGGGCUCGUCACUGUAGAGCACUUCUAGGGUAAAUAUUGUUACUACUUAUCUUAGAUGGGCUACUGAUUCUUCACAGGUAUCCCUCCCCCCGGCAUUUCGCUGGCACUAAUAAAUACUUAGGCGAGGGAGGGAGUCCAAUGGGGAGAAAUUGACCUUCUCAACAUAACAAGCCGGGCAGGGCUCGAGCCCGGACCACUCGAUCCAGAUUACAGAGCGUGGACCCUUAGCACACCGUAUCUCAGAGUACAUUGAACAUCGCCUAGAUAAGCACGAUCUUUGACUUAUCUUCCUUUCCUUUUAUUUCCUUUUUUCAGUGUUGAGCACUUUCAUCACUCAAAAUUUUUUGUUUGUAAUUCUUUCCUAGGUGGAAAUGAGGAGACAUCAAUGAUACCUUGCAAAUCUGUAACAUCCGUUCAGCUACAACCACAAGUAGGCGUUGAAAGCGACGGAAAACUGGUUCCUUUUGCACAAAGUUAGUCUCUAUUCAUCUUUUUUCGGUUGUAAAAUUGUUUCAUCCUCAGCGCACUCAAAAGUGUGUUAUUAUAUACAUACUUGAGAUUUACUCCCCGUUUUCUUAACCCGCCUUAACAAUUCUGGUAGGCAAUCAGAGCAGCGAUAUGGCUUUCUUACACGUGCGUAAAGCGUUCGUCCAAUCAGGAGAGACUUGUCAAAUCAUACCACUGAUUUCAUUCAAUUUUCACCAUCAAUUUUAACUCGUCCUCGUCUUCAGCAGAAGCACAUAAGCAACAAACUCAUAAACGUAUAAAAUGCAUUUUUGUCUCCUCAGACGACGACGACAGUCCACCUUUUGACAUAGUAAGAACCAGCCGCGUUGAAAAACUAAAUACUUAUUUUUGUUCAGCUUUUCCCCCUUUUUAUUCAGUAUAUUACCGAAUGAAUACUUGCGAAAAACUAAUUCGUUGUUAUGAAAUUGUCAUGCUGUAAGCUUAGUUAAUUCAAUUCAGCAUUUUAUUUUAUUAUUUCAAGCCUUGAUUUAACUUGAAGGCACCUUUUUGUAAGUUACCUAGAAAGCCUUCAAAACUAUAUGGAUACUUGUACAAGCGAUUUAAUAAAUCACCUUGAAUUGCAAGAAAGUUUUUAUUUAAUAAACAAACUGACUCACUCGCUCGCAAAGCCUUGCUUGUUCGUUUUGUGAAAAGAAACUCGUGCGUAAAUAUCGCACGUCAUCGCUUUUCAUGAAAAUGAUUCAUUAACUUCGUGAGAGUCCAGAAUCGUUACUCACCAUAACACCUUCGUUUGCAACACUCCUACAGGAAAUUUUCAAAUUCAGACAUCCGCUGCAAAUCAACUAGAACGUGCCUAUUCACGGCGAGAUGCAUUUCAGGGGAGCGAUGGGACGCUGGUCCCUUUUUCACAAGGUAACUCGGCUUUUCUUUCUACCAUUUUGGUUGUUUGAUUUAAGUUGAGUGCAACGUGCAAUACCCUCGUUGCUUAGUUUAAGUUGAGUGCAGGGUGCGUUACCCCCGUUGCCGAUCAUUCAUAGUUUUCCUUCCAUUUCUGUAUCAGGUUGGCCCUUUUUCUCUCAUGUUCAUUACCUUUUUCGGUCAUUACCUUUUACCUUUUUUUUUUAGGCACAUUUUGUUUAUCGCUGUCGUUGUUUUCCGAUAUUUUAGGGAAUGGAUACGAAUCUCUUGUUUUGCCUCACAAAGUUAGCGAAUCUCUCCAGUUAACAUCGGACCCCCCAAAAGAGGUUAUAGAUAAAUUGCUUCACAAUCUACAACUUGAUGAUGCCUCACUGGAAGAUCCGAAACCUGAAACUGAGAAAUGGAUCCGUUGCCUCACGAGGAACGCUAAAGAUCGUGGCAGGACUGAUGUUGUUAAGUAUUUAAGAGAAAUCAUGCCAGCAGGGACAGCAGGUAAGCAAGCUGGGAUGGUGAGUGGUUCUGAAACGCGUUUUCGUACGGAAUUAAGACACAAGAAAAGCCUGAAAAAGUCGUUCAUUCUUCAUUCUAAACGAAAAUUGGAUAGAACAUAUCCAGAAAACGGUUUUGAUUUCUUUUUGCAUGUAAUAAAGAGAAAUAACUUCGCCACUUUAAAUUUCAACCAAAACUUUCAAAACUGCUGAGCAAAGUUAAACGCACAUCUGUAAGUGUCGAUGGGGUGAUGACCUUUACGGCUUACUAUUGAAAUUUCGGAAAAAAAUUUACGGCUAACAGUUAACUUUUUUCCGCUUCGGUAAAAUAAACAUAUUUUAAGGUUAACCUUUUUUAAUUAUUAAAGGCAAGAGAAAAUAAACAGGUUACUAUCUCUUGUAAGCGGUUAAGAGCGGCCAAUUCUCCACCUUACGGCUGAUUCACGGCUAAUGGUUAACCCCAUCGAGACCCUCUAAGUUUCUUUUCAGACCACCAGCCAGUGGUAUGCCUUUCAAAUGUACUUUUCAUAAAUAUUGCUGUUCUUUAUUCCAGGUCCAAUGCUGCCCGAAACCCUCCUAGUCCAAAAUAUUCCAAAAACUCGGCUAAGAGAGCUGACAAUUGACCUCAGCGGUGAGGCUUUGAAGCAAAGAAUUAAGAUAUUUUUACAUAAUAUGGGGUAGAUUAGUAUGUCAAAUCAUAAGCGUUCAAAUUAAACUCCUUCUCCUUCCCUCUUUCCUUUGUUUCCUUCUCUCCUCUGCUGACUUAUUUAUCUCACUCGCUCACUCACUCACACAUUUACACUCUCCUCACCACUAUCUUCAUAUUCCCGGAAAUAAUUCCUAUACCCUUCCCCCUUCUCUGGAUGGAAGAUAUCCUCCCCACUGAGGAGCCUGUGAGCAACGUCUCCUUAUUGGAUCUAGUGGACCUAUCGUUCACUUAAAUGAUUUUGUUCAUAUUAAUUACAAUUAGAAUGGUUUCGUAAAAAUUGAAAAAGGAAGGAAAGGAAAAGUAAUAAAAAAAGGACAGGGCAGGACGGAGAGGAAAAGUCGUAUUCGCCUUUGUGUUACUUUUUUAUGACCAAUCUGUCUUGUGGGCAAAAUCAUGCCUAACGAAAAAAAUGUUUAGUAAUGUUCCCUCAUCGGAAACAUUAGCUGAGUGUUUUGAAACAUUCAGCCGAAAUUUGUAAGGGAAAGGGUCCAGGGCAGAUGGAAACAUCUUUUGAACGUGUUUCAAUGAUUAUUCUUGUAGGUCGAGACGAUUGGGAGCUAUUUGCUGAGAAACUAGGACUGACCCCCGCGGAGAUACGUUUUUUGGACAAGCGCACAAGGAACCAAGUGUUGGAAGUUUUAAUUUUCGCUUCACAAAAAUAUCUUAUAACUGUGGGAGAUCUCUAUGACCUUUUGAAAGACUGUGGGCUGCCUGCAAUUGCCGACUUUCUUUGA